UGCAGUUAUGCGUUACAUGGAGCAAAAUAUAAAACUCUCCGCUUCAAAUCCCCAAAUCAUUUUAAUCGAGGGUUUCCCACUCACCGUCUUCUUCUUCUUCAUCAUUUUGCAUCUUCCUUGAUAUGACCACUUAGCUUUGAGAUUCGAUUGGUGGGAGGUCGCUGCUUUCAGGAGCUGGUUCUUGUUCUGGAUAUAUGUACUGUUGGUAAAAUAGUGUUUCAGAUAUUUCCUUGAAGAUUUUACUUGGUGGUCACGAAUAUGAGCCAAAGCCCCUCACGAUCCAGGAGGUUCCGCAGCAGUGAACGUGCAUCUUACCGUGAUGCUCCAUAUCCUAGGGAGCGCCGUGUUAAUAGGAAUGAUUUUCUUUGCAACAAAUGUAAACGACCAGGGCAUUUUGCCAGAGAUUGCCCAAAUAUGACUGUCUGCAACAACUGUGGGCUUCCUGGCCACAUUGCUGCUGAGUGCAACUCUACAACUACAUGUUGGAACUGUAAGGAGCCUGGACAUCUUGCAAGCCAAUGCCCCAACGAUCCAGUCUGCCAUAUGUGCGGCAAGAUGGGUCACCUUGCUCGUGAUUGCUCAAGCCCAUCUCUUCCAUCCCAUGAUGCGAGGCUAUGCAACAACUGCUACAAGCCAGGUCACAUUGCAGUCACUUGCACCAACGAGAAGGCAUGCAACAACUGCCGCAAGCCAGGCCACCUCGCCCGCGACUGCCCCAACGAACCCAUCUGCAACAUCUGCAAUAUAUCAGGCCACGUGGCCCGUCACUGCCCCAAGUCAGGAUCAAACAUGGGAGGAGGAGGAGGAGUAGGAGGCCCUUUCCGCGACAUUAUCUGCCGUAACUGCAGCCAGCCAGGGCACGUCAGCCGCGAGUGUGUGUCCAUUGUUAUCUGCAACAACUGCGGCGGAAGGGGUCACCAAGCUUAUGAGUGCCCUUCCGCCUUGAUGUAUGAUCGUGGCGUCCGUAGGUAUUGAGUAGUUCACCACCUAAUGGAUUAGGGUAGGGUUUCAGUCUGUAGGAUCUGCUCCUCGAGUACUGUUACAUUGGUUAUUAUGAAUCUAUGCAAUCCUCAAUUUCAUCUUUA